UGGGACGGAAAAUGGCGGCUGUUGGGAGACCGUAUUAACUUUAGAACAUACAAGUAUUAGUAACAGAUUCAGCCAUGUACGUCCUAUUAUUGCAGUGUAUUAGAAUGUUGUUGCUUUAAUAUGACUUUAGGUCAUGUGAGUUUUCUGUCGGUACUAGCAGGACUCCUUCAAAACGCUAACAUUAAGGCUAACUGGACCUGAUUUGGUAUGGUGAAUGCAGUGAACAAAGCUCGAGUAUUGAGACAUUAUUGAUUUUACGAUAAUCAUAGUUUUAUGUUGUAUGUACUAGUAGCCUCUUUUUAAAUGAAUUGGGUUCCACAUUAAGCUUCCCAUUUCUAGCCUACGUUAGUUCACCAAACCGGUGUGAAGUCAGGGAGAUAAUGUUAACUGUUUAGUUGUUUUGGAGAUCUUCAAAGACAACAAAUAUCAUCAAAAUCUCAGUUAACUUAGCUAACGUUAGCCGGGAGACUCGUAUGUUAGUCACUUUUUUUGUUGAAUUUAAUCUAAGUUAGCUGACAGGUAAAGCUCCCGUUGUUAACACGCGCCGUCCGGCUGUGGAGCCAAGGGGUGCCACGGUAAUGUUCCAGCUGCCGGUGCUUCUCAAAUGGCUUUAAACUGUGCGCCGUUAUAUACCUGCAUUUGGUUGGACAAAGCUCGGCUUUCCAGUGGAAAUGGAUGAAUCCAAGCCUCGAUACAGCAAAAGGCUGCGGGCCGGUACCCGUCGACGUUAUCACGAUGACGGCAUCUCUGAUGAGGAGAUUGAUGGAAGAAGGACGUUUGAUCUGGACGAGAAAGUCAACGGUCAGAGGUUCGGCUCUGAACGGGUCGUUCGGAUGGAGGGAAGAGAAUUUACGUUUGAGUUCAUCCAGAGAGGCGGCCUCAGGGACCCAAUCAUCUUUGAGAAGCCUGAUGGACUGGGAAUGAAGAUGCCCGAUGCUAACUUCACUGUCAAUGACGUCAAGAUGUUUGUCGGCAGCAGACGCAUGAUAGAUGUGAUGGACGUGAGCACUCAGAAGGGAACAGAGAUGUCAAUGGCCCAGUGGACACGCUACUACGAGACCCCUCCAUCUCAAAGAGAGAAACUCUAUAAUGUCAUCAGCCUGGAGUUUAGCCACACCAAGCUGGAGAACUUGGUUAGGAGGCCUGCCACAGUAGAUCUAAUAGACUGGGUGGACAACAUGUGGCCUCGCCACCUGAAAGAGAGACAGAGAGACUCAACCAACUCCAUCAAUGACAUGCAGUACCCCAAAGUACAGAAGUACUGUCUGAUGAGUGUCGAGGGCUGCUACACAGACUUUCACAUUGACUUUGGAGGGACGUCAGUGUGGUACCACAUACUGAGAGGAAGCAAGGUGUUCUGGCUGAUCCCUCCCACCCAUCAGAAUCUGGAGCUGUAUGAGAACUGGGUACUGUCUGGUAAACAGGGAGAUGUUUUCCUGGGAGACCGAGCAUCUGACUGCCAGAGGAUUGAACUGAAGCAGGGCUGCACCUUUAUCAUACCCUCAGGUUGGAUUCAUGCGGUCUACACCCCUGUGGACUCUAUGGUGUUUGGAGGAAACUUCCUGCACAGUUUCAACAUCCCUAUGCAACUUAACAUCUGUAAUAUAGAAGACAGAACGCGGGUUCCACUGAAGUUUCGUUACCCCUUCUACUAUGAGAUGUGCUGGUACGUGUUAGAGCGCUAUGUCUUCAGCAUGACCAAGACCUCCUACCUUACACCAGAAUUUCAGAAACACUCGCUGGGCAUUGGUCUGAAGAAGCCAUCCAGUUCAGCCAGUGAACAGGUUGAGGAGGAGGAGGAGGAUGCUAGUGGCAGUGAUAAAGAGGCUCCAGAGCAGCAGUCUGAUAAGCCUGCAGUUCAAGUUCAUCUGACUUCUCUCGAGCUGGAGGGAUUGGGGAACCUGCUAGGGAAACUGGAGGCUCUGCCCUCCAACAAGAAGUGUGUGCCAUCAGGGAUACACAACGCCCCGGCCCUCAUUGCACAUAUCAAGGCACUACUGGAGGAACAUGCCAAUGACGAUCCCAAACUGUCCUACACAGGAAAACCCAUCGUCAAGUGGCCAAAGAGACCGUCGUGGUACCAGCCUCCUCCACCACCACCACCUCCUCGUCCUAAAUUGGCCUCCACUCCCAUUAUCCCACGACCACAGAAACCAGCCUCCUCCAUGUCUGUGCUGAGACGGCGCAGGGUCAGGUGUAAACGCUGUGAAGCCUGUAUGAGACCAGAGUGUGGAGACUGUAACUUCUGCAGAGACAUGAAGAAGUUCGGAGGACCAGGGAAGCUCAAGCAGACCUGUGUGCUACGACAGUGUCUCUCUCCGGGCCUUCCUUUGUCUGCAGUGUGUGAGAUCUGCAAGGAGCCCAAUCAAGAGGAAACUGGAGACCCCUCCCUCACCCUGAUGGAAUGUUCCAACUGUGCACAGAUAGUCCAUCCUGCCUGCCUCACGGUUCAGGGUGAAGGAGUAGUGAAUAAAGACCUGCCCAGCUGUUGGGAAUGUCCAAAGUGUGUCCAAGGGAUCACUGACCCAGAGUCAUCAGGCAGCGAUGAAUCGUUGGCUGCCGGCCACCAGCAGCACAUCCGUCCCCACGGCCCCCUGGUCCUCAGGCUGGGCCCCGGCCCCUCUGCUACCAUAGGGGGUCCUGUGGGCUCCCAGCAGGAUGGGGAGGUGGUCCGCUGUGGUUUCUUCCCUCCUCCUCCUCUUCUUCCUUCCUGCUCUUCCUCCUCCUCAGCGUCACUUCUAUUGGUGGCGGCCCCUCUGCCUUCUCAGCCAAUCAGCUCGAGACUGCAGUGUAAAGGAGACCGAGGGGAAGGCCUUGCAGUGAAGCGGAAAUCUUCCUCUCUGCUCGACGCUCGUAUGGCUAAGAUCUACCGACGACAGAGACACAGCCGCGAUGGAGACGACUCCGCCAGUGAUGACGAUGAUGAAGCCUCUCAGAGGAGAAAGAUGGCACUCCAUGCCCGAGGAGGGAGCCGCUCUUCCAGGAGGGGGUUUGGUGCCAACGCGAGAGGCCUGCCGAGAGGAGGUUCCGCCCACAGAGGAAACAGAGGAGGGCUUGUGACUCCCGGCUCUUCCUCCGUCCUCAAGCUAAAGCGAGGGAUGGGCAUGAGGGAGGCCGCACGGAGGGGACGGGGGGUGAGGCUGCGGGGGGGCUCCAGAAUGCAGCGAAGAGGCGACGAAUCCGAGGAGUCGGACGACGACGACGACGACGAGGAGGAAGAGGAGGAGGAGGAGGAGGAGGAGGAGGACAGUGAAGACGGAGACAAAGAAAGACAUCAUCGACGUAGAAGGAGGCGUAGGACUGAUGAUGAUGACGACGACGACGAUGAUGAAGAUGAGGACAGUGAGGGUCAGGAGUUUGACCCUGAAGAGGAGGAAAUGGACACGCUGGAAGAGGAGGAGGAGGAAGAGGAAGAUGAAGGGCGCUGGGAUUCAGACCCAGAACCCCCGGUCCUCCUGGUGUCUGAUCUGAAUGAUGACCUGCUGAGCGGCUCCUACCUGACCGUCACUCUACAGCGCCCCCACAAGACCAAGAGGCACCCAGGUUCCAUCGUUCCAAAGCUGGAAGCAGCCAUGGCUCCGAGGACCACUGCAGGGGGUUCUGGUGGUCCGCAGGGCUUCAUCCACAGAAAGACAGCUCUGUCCAAACCUUCACGACUCAGGAGCGCCGAGGCCACGGCUGACAGUGCAGCCCCAAGAGGACCUGGCAGGCCACGUCUGCAGGGUAACCAUGGCGACAGAGGCACUAGAGAUCGCUCUGCAUCUUCUUCAGAGGAAGAGGAAGCUGCUGCUGCACCCUCCUCCCUGUCCCCUCCGUCUCUGUUGUCUCUGCCGUCCUUUAAAGACGUGGGCAACGAGAGAGGAGGGGAGAAGGAGGUGUGGGUGUCUGUGUUCAGAUACUUGAACAGAGCCGAACUUCUGGCCUGCAUGAGCGUCUGUAAGGCCUGGUACAAGUGGAGCUGUGACAAGCGUCUGUGGAGCCACGUGGAUGUGAGUCGCUGCAGCCCGCUCACAAACCAGGCCCUGGCAGGCAUCAUCAAACGCCAGCCCACCUCUCUGGACCUGUCCUGGACCCCCCUGGCCAAGAGACAGCUCAACUGUCUGCUCACCAGGCUCCCAGGUCUGAGGGAGUUGAGGGUGGCUGGUCUAUCCUGGUCCUGUCUGUCUGCGCUGGUCUCUCCCGUUCUGCCCUACCUGCGGCUGCUGGACCUGCGCUGGUGUGAAGGCCUUAAAGACGCCCAGAUUAAAGAGAUCAUCACCCCCCCCUGGUCAGUAUUGUCUCGCAGCAGACUGAGGAACAUGGUGACGCUGCGUCUGUCUGGUCUGGACGUUAGUGAGUCCACUCUGAGGUUGCUGCAGCGCCACAUGCCCCAGCUGGAGAGGCUGGACCUGGCUCACUGUAAGGACAUAACUGACUCGUCCAUCGCCCUGUUGGCAGCAGCCGGAACUCCCACCCGCAACAACCUCACUGAACUCACGCUGGCAGGUUGUAGUGAGCUGACAGAUGGCUGUCUGUCCUGCCUGAAGCGUCUCUCCUCUCUGACUCUGUUGGACCUCCGAGGCUGUAAGGGCAUCAGCAGACGAGCCUGUGACACCUUCAUCUCUGACCUGUCCCACACCGCCCUCUACUGUAUGAUGGAGGAGAAGCUCAUCCAGCGCAUGGACUAACACAACAACGGAACCCAAAGGAAACUAAAAUCACAUUGUUUUCUGAUACAUGUAAAUAAAAGAAUCCUUUGGAGUCGUGGGAAGGUCUGUUUUUCACUGUCGAUGGAGCUAGGCUAGCUGUUUGCCCUUGCCUCUUGUCUAUGUGUUAAGCUAGGCUGAUUAGUCUUCUCAUGAUGUGUGGAAGGUACAUGUUUAACCAGACGUCUGGUGGAACAUGAGACCACCUUGUGUUGUAUACAGACGGACACAGAGCGGACAGUAAAAAUAUGGGAAAUGGAAAACUGAACCUACAUUUGUUGACUGAACUUGAACAAAGUAGGCGCUCGUGAGUGUUCUGACAUGUACAGUGAAUUCAAUAUAUGUGUGUGUGUGUGUGUAUAUAUGUGUUUGUUUUUUUGUUUCUUCCAGGUUAAGAUGCACUCCACUCAGACAACGGACAUUGUACACAGUGUGAAAACUUAAUAAAAUGUCAAUUUGUA